AUGCCGGAGGUGCCCUUCUUCUCCAUGGCACUGCCUAUCAAUUAUGGGUCGAAGGAGAAACAUUCCGCAAACAUGCCCAUCUCUCACUCACCGGGAUACGCAGGCCGAACUGGGGGUCUGGUCCAAAUGGUCCUCAGCAUGAUUACAUGGGGAGCGAUGCAAGCCAUCAUGAUUAACCGACUAUGGUGUAUGUAUCGCCGCUCCAAGGCUAUCCUUACGCUACUAUCACUCGCCCUUCUCGCCGAGACCAUUUGCUCCUCCAUUAUUGUCGCUUUGAAUUACGAGGUUGCGAACGUGGUCGUUGAAUGGUCUCCCAAUUUUGUCAUGUGUGUCCCAACGGGUUUCGCAAGCUCGUUCUACUUGUUCUGGAUUUUCAUUCUGGUUUUCGAUAUCCUCAUCUUCAUGCUCGCCUUGCUCGAAGGACUCAAGUACUUCCGAGAGGUAGCCAGACAAAGGGAACUCCAUGAUUCAGGACAGUUGGUGACAUUUGGUUCGGUAUUAUGGGGUCCUCGAGAAGGCACUCUCCUCCGAGUCCUCUUGCGAGACAGCAUCCUCUUUCCCUUCUUGUGA